AUGGCUUAUCAGGGAACACAUUACAAUUAUCAGGUAAUCGUCAUUUUUGCAAUUCUACUGGGCGGUGUUUUGUUGCUAGCGAUGGUGAUCGGAGCUAUCUAUUUUGUUUGCGUGAACAACAUGAGAGACGAUGAGCGCAAGAGAAUGAGAUCUCCUCGACCCUCAUCACAAGUCUGGGGCCCACCACCUGGCGCCGUCGCUCCACAACAGCACUCAUUCCAGUCAUUUCCCUAUCCACCACAAGCAGCUGAUCAAUACACAGGCGGACGCCCAAUUUCGGCUAGCCCAGCCGUUCAACAAUACAACGUUUCGCAGAGCCCGUUAGUGACUCAAAUGCCUCAAGAUGGAAUGUACACGAAUCAGUACCGUCAAUUACAGCCUGAAGUCGUUUACACACAGGGUCCAAGCGGUUACAUCUCGCAGACGCCGGUCGACUACACAAUGAACCGAGAGCCUUUCCGCACAUCAGCUAUU